GGGCCGAGCUGUCGUGAGGGGCGCUAGCUGGAGGAUUUUGUGUCCGCGCUGUCCGCUCCGACUGGUGUCAUUGGGCUCCAAGGAGCGUUGGCGACGGCACCGAGGGCGGCGCUGUGUCCGGCACGGCCAUGGCGGGUGCGCUGGUGCGAAAGGCGGCGGACUAUGUCCGGAGCAAGGACUUCCGCGACUACCUCAUGAGGCCUUCGCACACUUUUGCCCCUGACAGAGUUGUGGACGCCACGCCUGGCCUGCUCUGGCCGAGGUGGCACACCCGCCACCAGCCUCGCGGUGACGGGCUCGGGGCUGCUCCAGUGGCCCCGGCUCCCCGGUCGGCUCGGGACACUGCCCUCUGCAGGACCAGUGCCCUGGCUGAUGCGUGUCCAGCGGCACAGACCGAACCUGCCCUUCCAACAGGGAAGUGAGACCUAGACGGAGAAGCUGUGUUACUAGCUUUUUUCUAGGGGUAGAUAUUUUAGUGAGUGGUGUUGAAAUUCUUUUUACUUUUGUAUUCUCAGCUCUUGGGUUUCAUGCCCCGGCCUCUUCGCUCUCAGCCCCAGCUGUGAGCAGGGACGCUGUGUCCCCGAGCCCCCAGCGUGCAGCCCAGCGUGUGUGCGAGAUGUGUCAUCUCAAGACCACCGUGCAGAGCAGAGCAGAGCAGUGGGAAGCGACACUUCUGGGGCCCGGUUGCCAACUGGGGUCUUCCCAUCGCCGCCAUCAACGACAUGAAGAAGUCUCCCGAGAUCAUCAGCGGGCGGAUGACGUUCGCCCUCUGCUGUUACUCCCUGACCUUCAUGAGAUUUGCCUACAAGGUGCAGCCUCGGAACUGGCUCCUGUUCGCCUGCCACGCCACAAACGAAGUGGCCCAGCUCAUCCAGGGCGGCCGGCUCAUCCGGCACGAGAUGACUAAAAAGGCCUCCGCAUGACAGUGGAAAACGAAGAUCCGGCGUUUGAAGGAUGGCAGUGCCAGCUGCUGACACUCGGGUUCCGUCGUCAUGAAUAGUCUUGCUAAGAACAAUAUGCUGCAUGCUCUUUUUACUAACCAGACUAUUUUUCUAGAAACAGCAGAGCCUCUAAACCAACUCUGCGGCCUUAAAAGUGCUAGAUAAUCCACGUCUCUUCAGCAAGAGUCGCCCAGAUAUGCAAUCUGUGUGAUAAUUCCCAGUGAUGGUCUCAUCUGCAGUAAUGUACUUAGUGAAAACCUGAAGAGAACGAAAUCCGUAGCCAUUGGCGUUUCCAUACUCAGAAAUCAUGACCUCGCCUCUAAUGACCCUGAGACAGCCGACAGCUGGCCUUGCCUAAAAUCGCAUUGCCAAUGUUUGAAAGAUGUUUGUACUUCCAUGCAGUGUACAUUGAGAUGCUGUAAAUUAAUGGCAAUAAAUGAUUUAAAGAUUUGUCAAAUGA